AUGUCAUUGAACAUCACAUACAGACAAGAAAGUGGUCAAGAUAUUGGAACAUUAAAAUCUCUCCAAGAUAGACUUUCCAGAAAAAAUAUUGGUGACAAUGUUAAUGAUCACUAUGAAGCAAACAAAGACUUUUUCAUUUCUGUUACUGACAUGUAUAUUGUGGAGUGUUUCUUGGAGUUUUUUGGUAUGGAAGAUAAAUAUUCAAUGCCAACUAAACAUGUGCCACCAACCUUUAACACAAAUGACGAAAUGAAGGAAUGGUAUUUCAGUACUGUGGAGAUAAUAGUCAAACAACAUGUUUUCCUCCAAACUAUAACCACUGGGGCAAAACAACAGAUGCUGGAAGUUGAUGGUCAGUGUUUCCGAUUAGUUUUGGAAAAUGGGAAAACCAUCACACUCAUGAAGAAAACAAUAUCAAAGUCAAAGAAAGGUGAUAAAAUUAGUAAUUAUGGAAAUCAAAUACUCCAGCUAGGAUUGCUGUUUAAAGACUUGAUAGAUAUGAUACAUAUGCCAGAAAGAGUAAGAGGGAUACGCUUGUUAAAACUUGCUAUGAUGUAUUUCAAAGUCCAUAACAAUCUAUCUAAGUACGCCUUAGAAAUACUCAGACUUCUGGUACAUCAACUAUGUACUUUGUCUGAGAAAGGCUCCAAUGAGGAAUUCUACUCCAUGUUUGUAAAUACAGGAGGCAAAUUUGACACGCAUAUUCCUGCUGACCGAAGGAUGGAAUACCUUGUCAAAGAAGUAAAAGAACAUGUUAAACAUAUGUACUCCAACAAAACUGAAGAGAACAUUUCAAACCGUACCAGGGCAAUAUCUGGAAUUCACGAAAUUUCAGAAAAUUUUGACAAACAGUCAGGGGUAAUUAUACGUUCCAAAAAACAUUCCGGCAAAUCAUCUAAGGCAGAUGAACUGGCAAUUCUGUCAGAUUUACGAGAUAUAAGACCUUUUCAUUGUCAACCUGGUAGGAAACAUUCAUCUUUUGGAGAAAUUUCAUCAUCUGUUGUUCAAAACCUUGAUGUCGACCAUUAUCACAAUUGGAUCAAUACCAGAAAAGUUAAAUUUGCUUUGGAAAAUGGGAACUAA